CUUUUUCAAAACAACACAUUUCCAUCGAAAACACAUUUUUUCGCGAUUUUUGAUGUUUUCCGCAGUGAUACGGUCCCAAGUUGUCAGAAUUGUGACAAAAAAUCGCAAUUUGCCGCGAUUUUUUCAUGACGACUUCAGCAACAACGACAAAAACAACGAAGAUUUACGUAAGAAACUCGCACCGCUGAAGAAAUUUCAGGUUUUUCAAGAUGCCGAGCAAGUAAUUCUCGAUGUCGAAGAGGAGCGUCAACUGCGGGAGCAACAAAAACCAUCAGAAGUCGAGGAACGUAAGGCGCCAUUUAUCGAUAUGGACAUUACACUCGAACGGGGAUUGACGGGCGUCUUUGAAAUUGAGGAUUUAGUCAAAUUGUUAAGGAAAGAGAACGGUUUGGAUAUCGUUGUGUGCAAAGUGCCGCCCGAAGCGAAGUACGUGGAUUACAUUUGCAUCGUCACGGGUAGGAGUCAAAGGCAUAUGCGAGGCAUGGCAGAGUAUAUUAGGAAAGUUUUCAAGCUGAAACGACAUCCAGGCGAGGUAAUUCCCAAAAUUGAGGGCGCCGAUGGACGAGAUUGGAUGGCGAUGGAUUUGGGAAAUAUUGCGGUGCACAUUUUUUCGCAUGCGGCGCGGUAUAAUUAUGAUUUGGAGUCGUUAUGGGCCCUUGGAUCGGAAUAUGAUGAGAAUUGUAAGAAGAAGGAAGAUGACAAAUUGACACAUUUGGACAAGUAUUCGAUAUAUUUGGAGGAUUUGAAGCCAAAAACGGAUUGAAAUUAGGAUUUUUCUCAAUUUAGCGAAUAAAUUUUAGUCAAAAAUUGAUCAAAGGAGGUAGAAAUUUUUUGAAUUUUUAGGUUGAAAGGACGUUUC